GGCGGACCUCGGCAACGAGGAGCGGAAGCAGAAGUUCCUGCGGCUGAUGGGCGCUGGGAAGAAAGAACAUACUGGCCGCCUUGUUAUCGGAGACCACAGAUCAACCUCUCACUUCAGGACAGGGGAAGAAGACAAGAAAAUGAACGAAGAGUUGGAGUCUCAGUACCAACAGAGCAUGGACAGCACGCUGUCUGGACGAAACCGGCGCCAUUGUGGACUUGGUUUCAGUGAGUUUCAGGAAGGUGAAGACCAAGAAGAAGCAGGUGGACACUCCUCUGAAGAGAGUUCAGAGGACUCUGACAGUGGCUCGGAGUCGGAGCAAGAGGAGUCUGCAGAGGAGCUACAAGCUGCUGAAAAACCUGAUGAAGCUGAAGUUCCAGAAAACAAAAAAGAAACAAAAAGCAAUUAUAAAAUGAUGUUUGUUAAAGCUAGUGGUUCAUAACUGCAGAUGUAACAGCUUUAAAGUACAGUAAGCCUUAUCGUUACAGUGCAAAGUGGAGGACUGCUACAGCACAAAUCUUUGUAUUAUGAUUUUAAAAAGACCCCAUUAGAUGACAAAAAGUUGUAUUUGCUUUCAGUUGCCAUGGAUGACCCUUUUAAGGGCACAGUGAUAUGACUGUUUUUUGUAAAGUGUAUAAAAUACUGGAUGGAGAAAUAAAUUUUUUGUUUCUGCCCAA